GUUAGUAAAUUUCAGCCAGCACAGAUGAUUGAUAAAAACAGAAUUUAAUUUGACGCAAAUAAAGAAAAGUGGAGAGAAUUAGCAGCAGCCAUGGAAGUUAUCCUAACGAUCAUCUUCUUCACCGUUUUCUGGGCGGCGGUGGCCAAGUACGGACCCAUCCUGCUGACCAAGGAACCGCACGAUGACCUGGUGCGCUGCAUUUUCCUCCUGACCGCCGUCGUCUGCUGGCUCUUCUGGCUGUGCUGCUAUUUGGCGCAACUGAACCCACUGCUGGGGCCGAAACUUAAUGGAAACACCAUCCGGAUCAUUGCCUCGUCUUGGGGCAAUCCCAUCAAGGAGGGAUAAGGGAUUCCCACCUAGAAAUCUCCACAUAGCUAAUCUCUGGCGAAAGCUUCUUCAACGGAUUUCCGGAUCUUAAGCCACAUCACACGCAGUCGGCUGUUCCACGGAAGCAGUGGCUUCGCCAAACUCUUUUUGUACUUCAAUACUGGCUAUCCAAUCCCCAGAGACGCCCCACGAUUUCCAAACUAAUCCAAUUAACCUCUUGAUGUAAACUUUCACUGAACACUUUGUUGUUUAUACCUCAAUUUCUUUGAUCCACAUCUCUUCCUGCUUAUUGCAAAGCAUAAGCCAUGUAUUCUAACCGUAAAUCCAAUAAUUGCAAUCUACGAUUUUACAAACUUGCCACAUGAGCAACUUUUGUUACCAGUGAACUAUUUAUCUAUUUUUUCGUAGUGUAGAUAAUUUACUAAUCAGUCAUUGUAUUUGUGAUUUAGUUAUUGGCAAAUAUAGAAAAAUGUUUUCGUACUA